UCGGGUCCGACGAGGAAGGCUGGAGUCUGUGUUUGCAGCUCUCGCUUGCUCCUUUGGGUGACGCUGAGUGGGACCCGCGCGGGGCCCGACCGGGGAUCUCUGUUUCUCUGUCGUUCCUCUGGAAACCCGGUGUGCAUCGUUCUGGAGGCCAUGGCGCGGCAGUGGGGGCCCUCCAUGAGGGCGGCCGAGAAAGCGGGUUGCGUGGUGAGCGCCUCCCGGGCCGGGCAGGCCGAGGCGGACUCGUGGAGCUGCAGCGGAGUGAUCCUGAGCCGCGGCCCAGACCUGGUUCUGUGCCACGGGGGCAUCUUCACCCCCUUCCUGCGGGCCGGGAGCGCGGCGCUGACCGCGGCCGGCGCCUCCUUCCUGCCCAGCGACAGUUGCGAUGACGACCUGCGCCUGCACGUGCAGUGGGGUCCGGCAGCCGCGAGCCCCGCAGGCCGCGCGGAGAGGGCCCGUCCCGGCUUGUGCACGCCCCAGUGCGCCGGCCCGGAGCCCGACCCGCCGGCCCGACCCCGCGGGCGGCUCCUACAGUCCCCGCGGCCCGCCGAGCUGCUACUGCUGCUGAGCUGCCCGGCCUUCCGAGCCCACUUCGCGCGCCUCUUCGGGGGCGAGGCGGCCGAGCAGUGGCGCUUCGCGAACGCGGCGCCGGACGACGAGGUGUCGGAGGAGGAGGAGGAGGACCAGCUGAGAGCGCUGGGAUGGUUCGCGCUGCUGCGCGUGCGGCCCGAGCCGGAGGAAGAGGAGGCGGCGGCGGCGGCGGAGGAGAGCGGGCCGGCCGUGGCCGUGGCGCCUCUCGGGGCCGUGCCCAAGGGGGCGCCGCUGCUGGCCUGCGGCUCCCCGUUCGGGGCCUUCUGCCCGGACAUCUUCCUCAACAACGCUGCCGCGGCGUGCUCAGCAAACGCCACCGGCCCGCUGCUGCUCACUGACGCGCGCUGCCUGCCGGGCACCCGAGGGCGGAGGCGUUUUCGCGCGGCACGGCCCGCGGGGGGCGCUCGUGGCCGCUGGUGGCCCGCGCCCUCUGCUGGAAAGCCCGCGAAGUGGGUGGGCCUCACGCUGCUCUGCGCUGCCGCCCCUCUCCUGCGCGCCGCCCGAGCCGCACUCGGCCGCUUGGGUCCCGGCCCCCGCGCCCUGGCCGCCUUCCUGCCGCUGGAGAUGGGCGCGCCGUGGGUCUGCCUCUCCGAGACCCCGGCCCCCCGUGGGGCGGCUGCGGCCGUGCUGGUGGAGUGCGGCACCGUCUGGGGCUCCGGAGUGGCCGUGGCGCCCCGCCUCGUGGUGACCUGCCGACAUGUGGCCCCUCGGGAGGCGUCCAGGGUCCUGGUGCGCGCCACGCCCCCUAAGUAAGUGGCCACAAUCUGGGGACGUGUGGUGUUUGCCACCCAGGAGACCUGUCCCUAUGACGUAGCACUAGUGAGCCUGGAGGAGGACCUACACGAUUGUCCAUUGCCGGUACUGGCUGAGCAUUUCCAAGAAGGGGCGUGGUACCAGGACCCUGAAAGCUCGCUCCCCGGUCCCGGCAGGGACAUGAGGGCCAGAGAACAGCCUGAUGUCAGGAACAAGUAUGAGCAAGAGAAGCUGUCAGCGUGGUGGCUUCGGCAUCUUUGGCCAGCUUGUGGGCCCUCGGUGACCUCAGGCAUCCUGUCCGCUGUGGUGCGGGUGGACGGCAGACCAGUGAUGCUCCAGACCACCUGUGCCGUGCAUGGCGGCUCCAGCGGGGGACCCCUCUUCUCCACCUGCACAGGAGACCUCCUGGGCAUUGUGGCCAGCAACACCAGGGACAAUAACACGGGGGCCACCUAUCCUCACCUGAACUUCAGCAUUCCCGUCUCGGUGCUGCAGCUGGCCCUGUGGCGGUACAGGCAGACAGGGGACCUGGAUGGCUUCCGCCAGCUGGACGGCGCCACAGAGCCUGUGAAGGUGGUGUGGCGGCUACAGCGGCCCCUGACCGAGGCCCCGCGGAGCAAGCUGUGAGGCAGCGUCAGGCCUCUGGAGAGAAGAGCCCCUGUUUUACACCACAGUGAGCAGCGGCCUUGGGAUGCGGACAGGGCGCACCCCCCCACCUUGUUCAGCUCUGGAAUUGGGACCAGACCCCAUGGGUCUCCAACCUGGCAGCCUUUUUUGGGGUGCCCUUUUGAGCCCUCACCUCAGUCUGCCCACCGGCACUAGACUUAGCUGUGUUAUUUCUCCUUCUGGGGAGCCCUGUGCGGGCGCAUAACAGCCCUGGUCCUGAGAGAUGGAGGCCAGUGGAGGGCAGGGCCAGCCCCGGCUUUGCGUCUGUUCCCUGUCUCCUGAUGGCUGCUGGCCACCAGAGCAGCUGUGUUACUGAGAAACCCUCGGCAGAGAGGCCGGCCCUGACCGUCUUUCUGGAUCUGCUGCAUCUCUAGGUGGAGUCCCUGAAGGUUAGGAUUCAUGGGUCUUCGUAAGUCGGGUGUUGCUGACCUCCAGCGGCACUCUGCCAUAGUGCCUUUACUUUCCCGCCCAUAAAAUGGGCCUCAGGGAUCUCACGGGGUAGAAUGUGUCUCGCUGGAGGUUGGGAAUAAAGAGGAUGUCUAGGAGAAA